GCCAGUCGACGUCGACUCCGGCCGACAUUCCGCCGCUAGUCGUUGAUCAGUGAGCACGUGUAUUUCGUUCAUUUUGAUCCGCAAACUUUCAUCGUUCGCUCAGUUCGCUGUAAACAUUUUCCACACUUUACGAAAGCAUUUUUAAAAUUAAGCACCUUGGGACUGUUAAUAUCUGCCGUGUAGAGCGUGAGCCAUAAGUGACUCUAUACACUAUAUAAAAAGUUUUGUGCAUUUAUAUUCCGUGAUUGUUUGGUGUUAAAGACAUAUUGGAUUUUUUAUUACCUUCUUACUUGUGGUUUAAUAACGCAAGACAGAAUUAUUAAAGAAAAAAAUCUCCUGUGUAAUGUCCGAGUGACGGUUCAAUCAUGAUUCGUGAUCCGCCUGCCAUGCAUAAACCUGAUAAUUCAACAAGUCAGCAAGAAGAAAACAAAUAUGGACUCAAUAGCAGCGUUGCGGGGAAUACUGGUGGAGCGAGAUUAUGCGCGCAGUGCGGUAAAGUCAUCACCGAGAGAUUCCUCUUGAAGGCGAUGGAAAGGUUCUGGCACGAAGACUGUCUCAAAUGCGGCUGCUGUGACUGCCGCCUUGGCGAAGUUGGUUCCAAAUUGUAUUAUAAGGCCGAUCUCAUGCUCUGCAAAAGGGAUUAUCUUAGGUUAUUCGGUGCUACUGGCAAUUGUGUGGCGUGCAAUAAAGUAAUUCCCGCCUUUGAAAUGGUUAUGCGAGCGAAGAGUUUUGUUUACCAUUUAGAGUGUUUCGCUUGUCAACAAUGCAAUCACAGGUUCUGCGUUGGUGACAGAUUUUAUCUGUGUGACAACAAAAUACUUUGCGAAUAUGAUUAUGAAGAGAGGCUAGUUUUUGCCAGCAUGGCUGCUAAUCCAAGCGGCUUAGCUCACAUCCGGCGACAAGUAAGCGGACUCCAGUCUCCCAGCGGUGGUUACGUAGGCGGUGCUGCGUGCGCAGGCAACGUGGCGGCUAUAGUGGAGAAGGACAACGGUGGCUGUGCAGGCGCAGACGACGCCUCCAGCGGUUACGGCAGCCCGCCCGACCCAGACGUGUGUGACGCGGCGCGAUGACCGAUGAUGCCGCGCCGACAUCUUGCCUCGGUGAAACCGCACUGAGAGAAGCGGGACGGCGCACUGCUGUAUGAAAUCCGCAAAACAUUACAUCAUCAGCCAAUUGAAGAAAUUAGUUGCAAAAUUAUUACAUUCAAAAUAGAAACAGUACAUGUAAUAAAAUCAGUACAUCGCGUUUUUUUUUCACGUAUUGAAAGUUAUUCUUUCAAUAACUGCAUUUGGCAUUAAAGACAAAAAUAAAAUUUAAGAUGUAUGAGACAUAUUUGUAAAACCGGCUAAGUGCAAAAUUACAUCAUUGUAUUACGACGAACAUGCUUUAAAAGCACCGCAGGAGUACAUUAGGCUAGAGUCAGGCCAUGGAUCCGGCCACUUUAGAAAAUGUCCGGGAUGAGUCGCGAUAACGUUGUCAGAACACGAUAUUUCCAUUAUGUAUACGAUUUGAGUCUACAUGUUAAGAUAGCUUCGCGUGGGUAGGGCGCGAACUAUUGCUUGUAUGGUAAAACGUCUCGCGCUUAGCCUCUUAUCCACUCUGAGUAUUUACCUAUAAUACGGAAAUAAUUAGGUGCAUAUAUUAUUAUGGUUUAAGUUAAGAUACUUUAUCUUCAUAAUAGAGAACUUUCAUACAACGAGUCAGGUCCACAAAAUGUAAUUAAUUGAUGAAAUCGAUCUCAUUGUUAUGAAAUUUAUGUACACUAGUGUACCCAAAGUUGUUAUCAUACAAGGUAUGAAAUUUUGCUGCGGAUAUAAUUUACUUUUAUUUCAUUAUAAAUUGUUUAGGUAGAUAUUAUGUUUAUGUUGUUUUUGCCAAAGAUAAUUUGUCCUUUCAAGGAUUUAUCUUCACAUGUAAGAUAUUUUUUUUUUUUGUUUAUUAGAUAAUGCCUGUAUUGGUACUCUGAAGUGGUGCAAUGGUAUGUAGAUAAGUAUAAUUGUAUAAAUAUUAGAAAUAAUAGGUCGACUAUAACUUACGUUUCUUGCGCCAUCGCUUUAUUAAAAUGUUAAGAAUGUUAAUAAAUCAGAAAUGACAUUUGUUGUUGUAAAUGUAAAUACAUAAACAUUUGUUUAUCGAAUGUGCGUGUUCCAACUUGAGCAAGCGGAUGCCAUUAAAGUAUGUUAUAUAUAAAUAUUACCCUACUUUGCAUUAUUUGAUUUGCAGAAAGGUUUUCAAAUCAAAAUAAUUAUUUAAACAUAUAUAAAAGCCGAAUAAUUUAUUGGCACACGUUUGCUCUUACGUUGGGAAUUACAGCGUAAUAACUCCACAACAUGAAGUAUGCUUCACUUUCUUUGAUAACAAAAUAUUGUUGGAAGUUAAUGAAAGAUGUAUUUAUGUAAAAAUUGAGCUGUCGUUAUUUAGAUGUAAUUAAAUAGGUUUAAACGUUUUGUCUAUCACUUAACGAUAUAGAGAGUAAAUAUAUAAAACUUUCUCAAACAUCGACCGAUACAAUUUCAUUUCGUCUUUAUUCUGUAAAUAAAUAUAUUUAUUUAAACUGAAA